AUGGCUCCCAAGAAAGACGACGAGGAAAAGGAGGGGGAUGUGGACUCGGAGGAGGACAACGAGGAGGAGGAUGUGGACAAGGAUAAGAAGGACAACAAGGAGGAGGAUGUGGACAAGGAUGAAGACGACGGCGGGGUUGAAGAAGACGAAAUGACGACGUCGACGUUAACGUUGAUGAAGAAGAGAAGACGACGAGGCAGAAAUGAAGGACAAGAUAAACAACACGGAAACAAACGGCGGUCAUCGAGUAAAAAGUGGCCAUUGAGUACAAACAGCGGUCAUCGAGUACAAACAGUGGUCAUCGAGUACAAACAGCGGCCAUCGAGUACCAACAGCGGUCAUCGAGUACAAACAGCGGUCAUCGAGUACAAACAGUGGUCAUCUAGUACAAACAGUGGUCAUCGAGAUAAAGACGGGACUCCGGAGCGUGGGAAUUGGACCGGGAAGCUGGACUUUCUGCUGUCCUGCAUUGGAUAUGCCGUGGGUCUUGGAAAUGUAUGGAGAUUUCCAUAUCUCUGUUACAGGAAUGGAGGGGGAGCUUUCCUCGUGCCGUACGCUAUCAUGUUGUUUGUGGCCGGAUUGCCUUUAUUUUUCAUGGAGUUGGGACUCGGACAGUUCUGUUCACAGGGCCCGGUCACCGCUUGGGCGAUAAGCCCAUUUUUCAUGGGUAUCGGUUGGGCCAUGAUUAUGAUCAGUGCCAUGGUCUGCACUUACUACAACGUCAUCAUUACGUACUCCGUCUACUACAUGUUUGUAUCCUUUGUCAACCUUGACGACGAGUUACCAUGGCAAAGCUGUGGGAAAGCGUGGAAUACCGAGAAAUGCCGAGAUGAGCCCUACCCAUCCAUGGACGGUAUGAACGAGACCAGCAAGUUUGAAGCUCUGCUAGGACUUAAGGAAUCAGGAUGUGUAACUGGAUUGCUUGCAAACAUCAGCGCCAUGAUGAACUACACAUACAAUGUCGUAGGAGACCUGAAUUCUUCCCUUUUGACUGACUACACGGAGAGCUGUGAUAUCAAGUUCACUACCCCUAGUGCCGAGUUUUGGAACCGCUAUGUCCUACGUUCACAUGAAUCAGGCGGUCUGGAAGACAUAAGCGGUGUCAGUUUGAAGAUUGUUCUUUGCCUACUUUUAUGUUGGGUAUUCAUCUUCUUUUGUCUCAUGAAUGGAGUCAAAUCUUCAGGAAAGGUUGUGUAUUUCACGGCUACAUUUCCUUACGUCAUUCUGAUCAUUCUGUUGAUUCGAGGUGUCACAUUGCCUGGGUAUUACAAGGGGAUUGAGUUCUAUAUCAUUCCGAAAUGGGAGCUUCUCAAGAAUCCCAAGGUAUGGGGAGACGCUGCCACCCAGAUCUUUUACUCCCUAGGUCCAGCAUGGGGAGGUUUAUUGACUAUGGCCAGUUACAACAAGUUUAAUAACAACUGCAUGAGGGAUGCUUUCAUUGUUUCAAUAAUCAACUGUGGAACCAGUGUGUUUGCCGGGUUCGCCAUCUUCUCGUUGUUAGGCUACAUGUCCUAUGUCACGAACGUCCCCGUAGACAAAGUUGCUGAUAGCGGUCCCGGUCUGGCAUUCGUAGCAUAUCCUGAGGGCAUUGCCAAGCUACCAAGUCCUCCAAUCUGGGCAUUCUUGUUCUUCUUCAUGUUGUUCACACUUGGAUGCGACUCGCAGUUUGUGAUGAUGGAAACUGUCCUGAGUGGGAUAUCAGAUGUCUUCCCUAAACAACUCCGGAGCAGGAAAGUGCUCUUCACAUUCGUCGGCUGCAUGAUUGGAUUUUUACUUGGAAUUCCACAGGCUACUAAGGGAGGCAUAUACCUACUUACUCUUGUGGACUGGUAUUCCGGCAGUUACAACCUUAUGAUUGUCAGUUUUUGCGAAAUCGUAUGCAUUUGCUACGUGUACGGUAUAAACCGAUUCCGCAGGGAUGUGGAGAUGAUGUUGGGGAAAACAAGCCCUAUCUUGUGGGCGUAUUUUUACGUCACGUGGUGUUGUAUCACACCCAUUGCUAUUGCUUUCAUCGUUAUAAUGAUGGCCAUCAACUAUGUACCCGCUUACUUGGGGGAUUACACCUUCCCGUCCUUCGCUGAGGUGCUCGGAUGGCUCAUGGCACUGUCUCCUGUUUUGCUUAUCAUCAUUGGCUUUGUUGUGCAGUCCAUUAGGAAAGGAGGGGUUCGCAAGGCACUGAGAAGCGAACCCCAUUGGGGUCCUGCUGCAGAUGAGGAUCGUACGGGAGUUUAUUCUCCUCUUCAUGGCAAUUUUUCUUCAAUCAACGGAGAUUUCCCUGAGAAAGUCGGCUACAAAAACGGUAAUGAGAAUCUCACGGUUGGUAUGGACAACAAGGCUUACCAAGGGGAGAAAAUGUAACAUUCUAAGGACAGGGAACAGCAGUCGUCAGUGUAACCAUAGUACAAUGAUGUGAUGUAAAAAUAUGGAUGACUCAGGAAAACUAGAUUAGUCGGGAAUACCAAAGGAUGCUAUGAGAGCGACUAUUUUUAAGGAAACAACUGUGUCUUUUUACCGGUUAUCACAGAGUUGUCUAGACUACUAACACUAUAGUAAACAAAAAUGCUAAGAAUGUAUAAAUGAUUAUGUUAAUCAGAAAAUACGUUUAAAUGACGAUGCCUUUUCCUGGAACAUCCUUGAUCAAUACAUAAUUUUCAGGAAAGCAUCAUUCAUUCUUCAUCCAGACGAUGAAGCUGAAUCCUGUAAACGCCAGGUUCUAUAAUCAACUCAUUAAACAGAAAAUUAUCGUCUCUCCAUCAUUCACAGGAAUAACUAUUCAGUGAUCUUUAAUGUCUGAAGUUGUGAAUUUCAACAAUA